GCAUGUGAUAAACAGGUUCAGUGUGCUAAGUGCACAUCCUGCAUGACACCUGAAUACUCUGUCUAGCGGAGACAUGUUCAAAUUUGUGUUGCUACUCCUUGCUGCGGCUGGCCUUAAUGCCAGACCUCUGCAAUAUAAUGCUCUUCGGAUCCAAAAUGGGGGAUGGGUGAUUGGAGCCCCACAACUGGUCCAAGAUGGCCAAGAAUACAUGGGGAGCUCCGGACCUGCUGAACAGCACAGACGGGACACAAACCCUGAACCUCAGUGGAAAGUUGUUCUUGCUCCAGAGCAUACAGUAAAGAUGCGAGAUGGUAAGAACCAGAAAGCUGCACCCCCCGAGGAGCGCAGACAAGGCACUGAACCGUCUAGGCGCUUUUUGGUCGAUCUGAACACCGGUUUGAUAAAGGAAUACAUCAGUGAGAUGGACAGAAGAACUGAAGUCUAUCAUCCUGUCUCCAAGUCUGAGUUCAGACAGGGCACUCAGAACUCUCGUGUAACUCUGGUGGAUGUUAGAACUGGACAGCAACUGCCUCAGCUCUCAGAGAUGCAAAGGAGAGCACAAGCACCGUCUGAGUUCAGACAAGGCACAGAGUAUAAUGAGGCUACCGUGAUAAAGAGCAUGGAAACCGUCCACAAAGCAGGUCUGCCUGAGUUCCUCAGACAAGGAACAGAGCCUUCAAGACGCAUUCUUGUGGACCCAAAAACUGGAUUAGUAAAGGAGAAUGUCAGUGAGAUGCAAAGAAGAGCUUCAGGCUUCUACAAUCCCGUCUCUAAUCCCGAGUUCAGACAGGGCACUCAGAACUCACGUGUAACUCUGGUGAAUGUUAGAACUGGACAGCAACUGCCUCAGCUCUCAGAGAUGCAGAGGAGAGCAGCACCAGAGGAGUUCAGACAAGGCACCGAGUACCAUACGGGAACCUUGAUGAAUCUCAGGAAGGCACACACGAUGACCAAAGUUAGCAAGGAUAAAACUGCACAGGAAAUGGGAACCAAUGAGGUGUUUCCUGAGUUCAAACGUGGCUUUCAGUAUUCACAAGCUCAAAGACGACACAUCCUAGAUCGUAAAGCUCUAGAAAGUGAUGAAGUGGUUCUUUCUUCCCCCUUGGAGGAGUUCAAACGUGGUAUGGAAUACAGUCACGCCAAUAUUAUAGAUUUAUGAAUCAUGAAGCCCUCUAAAGAGAAGCAAAUAGAUGAAAACUGGUGGACAGCAGUGCUGGAUAAAGUCUGAAGAUAGCCUCAAGCUCUUCAUAUUCCGAAACAGUGUAAAGCCUGUAAAGGAACUGUAUCUCAUGUUAAAAGAUCGUACACUGGCUUGUGUGACUACGAAGAACUUUCGAUGUGAACAAAAAUAUAAAGAACAUUAAGCAUUUCAAAA